AUGGCUCAGGAGGACGUCCACCACCUGGACGAUGCCGGCCUGGCGCUGGGCCUGUCCCUCGGCAGCGGACGGCUGAGCAGGGAGGCGCGGCUGCUGUCAUCGCCACGCCUUCUGGAGCCGUCGCUGACGCUGAGCAUGCCGGACGAAGCGACCGCGACCGCGACCGCGUCUGGCGCCGGCGGCGGGGCCGCGCACAGCGUGUCGUCGCUGUCAGUGGCGGGCGUGAAGAGGGAGCACGUGGACGACGUCGAGGGCGAGCGGGCGUCGUCGACGGCCGCGGUGGCGGCGCGGGCCGGCGCCGAGGACGACGACGACGGGAGCACGCGGAAGAAGCUGAGGCUGACCAAGGAGCAGUCCGCGCUCCUGGAGGACCGCUUCAAGGAGCACAGCGCCCUCAACCCGAAGCAGAAAGUCGCGUUGGCGAAGCAACUGAACCUGAGGCCACGCCAGGUGGAGGUGUGGUUCCAAAACAGACGAGCAAGGACGAAGCUGAAGCAGACGGAGGUGGACUGCGAGCUCCUCAAGCGCCACUGCGAGUCGCUGACCGAGGAGAACCGCCGGCUGCAGCGGGAGCUCCGCGCGCUCAUGUUCGCCCCGCCACUCCCACAGGCGCCGCCGUCGUCCGCGGCGCAGGCGGCCGCGGGCGUGCCGGCGCCACCGUUCUACAUGCAGAUGCAGCUGCCGGCCGCCACGCUGAGCCUCUGCCCGUCCUGCGAGCGCCUGGCCGGGCCCGCCGCCGCGGCCAAGGCCGAGCCCGACAGGCCCAAGGCAGCCACCCACCACUUCUGCAGCCCCUUCACCCACUCCGCCGCCUGCUGA